AUGGGACCGUCAGACGCACCCUCCUCGCCGACAUUCCCUGCCCUGGAUCCCAUCAUAAUGGACGAUGAGAUGGAGUCUACAUUCCGCAACGCCAAUAUGGAUUUCCUUGACCCAACAAAACUUGAGAUUCCCUCGGGAUCUGCUGGAGGAGAUUUCGAUGAUCUAUUCGCCCAUGUCACCCACAGCCGCUCAAAUGCCGCCCCGGAGUCGUCCAAGGCUUAUCAAGACCAACACCCCCUGAGGCAGCCACCGUUGAUGGCAGCAGAGUCGCCAGCAGAGUCGCCCGAUAAUUCCAGCCGCAGCUCUUCCUCGGAAUCCCCUCGCAAUCAUCAUCGCCAUGCCUCGGUCGCAUCAACAAACUCCGCCGCUCAUAGCGAAAAUCCGUUGACUUCCACCGGUUUCCCAACAGAGGAUUGGAUGCGUCCUGAACUGUCUUCUGUGAAGGAAGAAUCGCCGUUUACGAUUGAACCGUCUUAUCCCAUGGACGGGUUCUCCAUGGACCCUGACUUGGAGUCGAGCAACAAGGCUAUGGAUGCGGCCUUUGAUUUCGAAAGCGCUGCGAGCAGUCCGAGCCCAUUGAAAACCGAGAACCCCCCACAACCUAAUCCUCCGAACGGAUCCCAAUCACAGUUCUGGAGUCCUGCGACAGCCCCCGCCGCACCGCCAUCGAACGAAGCUCCCGUCGCGGCUGGAUCAUCACAGGCCCCUGCUCCUGGAUCUCCCUUCUUUCCUUUUGGUCUCAAAGAACAGUCUCCAUUUUCAGGGACAUUUCGCAAUGAUUCGGAGAGGCUGGCUGCCCCACAAUGGGGAACCCAGUCCCCGUCAUCGCUGUUGGAAGAAAGCUUCGGCGGCAUUAACAUGAAUGGGCAGUCACCUCUCAACCAAGCGAUGUCGCCCAGCAUGAACUUCGGCUCGCCUGCUGCAUUCCCAUUCUCAGUCAAUUUUGGCUCGUCACCGGCUCAGCCGGUGGAUACCACUAAUUCGGUUCAACCCAUUCUCACGGUGCAUCCGACCUCCCUCAAAUCGCGUGUUGAAACCCAGAUUCCGAUCCGGUUAACGCUCUCCCCGCUGCCGGCCAGCGUGAAGAAAUUGCGCCUCCCUUCCCACACCAUCUCUAAACUCAAAUUCCUUGCCUCUGCUAACACCGAACCUUCGCCCGACACUCUGCAACUAUACACAAGUCUUGUCUGUACUAGUGCGAUGCAAGACCGUGAAAAGUUAAAACGAGCUUUUGCACGCACAAGGGGUGAAACAUAUCAAAGCGGGAACGGUUUGAAAGAAGACCAGCCAUUGGAAGGUGGAGAUGUGGUGAUCUGCGGUGGGUGUAUACAACGAGAACGCAAACGUGCUUCUCGAAAGAAGCAGCGGAAGCCCGAAGAGGAUGAGCUGUUUCAAAAAGACGAGGAAAAGAGGGUCAUUGUCUUCAACACCAGUGAGAUCAAAGAAUGGACCGAGCCGCCCAAGAACACGUCAAAUGGCUAUGACAUGCCGCCCGCUCCCCAGGGAUCGAUGCAAGUAGAGCUUCCGAUGCGGAUUGCUUGUUACUGUCGGCACCAGAACGAGAAGCUUGGGUUUCAGGUUAUCUUUACCAUCAAGGAUCAUCUAAACAAUGUCGUUUCUCAGGCAAUUACCAAUUCAAUCAUGAUCACCGAUGACCACAAAACACAGGCUCCUGCCGCUCCAGUUCCAACGGGUCCUUCGCCUGCGUUGCCAGAUGGAACGCAGCUUCCUGGUGUUGGUGUGUUUUCUUCAGGGUCGAAUCCAGAUAACGUCAAAGGUGCGAACGGUGCGUUUGCAUCACCUCAGUCGCCCACAGAUCUCCAGGGUCUUCAACAAAGGUUCAACUCACAAUACCAGCUUACACCAAGCUCUUUUGCUGUUCAAGGCUCGGCUAAUGGCACCUCUGCACCUUCACACACCUCCCGUAGCCUGUCUCGGCAGGCAUCUCCAACUGAUUUCCCUGGCCCACAAUCCAAGCGACGGAAGCACAGCAGUUCUGGAAGACUACCAUCAGAAUUGACCAUGACAAGAAUGGAGACACCGCAAUCAUCAUCAGCUGCAAUGAAUGCUGCGCAACUUGCUGCUGCUCGCGGAUAUGCCUCCCCGACAGAACGACCGUUUGUGACGCCUUCUUCCAUGAACGGUCAGUAUGGAAAUGGGCCACCGACUCCCAACCAAAGCCAUGACAACAAUCCUUUCUUUAAUCCCACCCCAGCACAACGCCAGAGCUUGGAUAGCUUGGCUCAUCAGCCUUUGGGGUCCGCGCCCAACUCUGCUCAGCCUAGUCGGCCAGGAACACCUGUUCCAAUCCUGCAAGCCAAAUAUGGCCUCCCCCUCGCCACCACCCCCAACCGUCUCCCAUCAGUGAUCCAUAAGCUGGUUCCAGCGGAAGGCUCAAUUAUUGGAGGUACAGAGGUCACAUUAUUGGGUAGCGGCUUCUACCCCGGUAUGGAGGUUGUUUUUGGUGAUACACUUGCGACUACUACGACAUUCUGGGGAGACAAGUGUCUCAAUUGUCUGACUCCACCGGCACUCCAGCCAGGCCUGGUGUCGGUUAUGUUCAAACAUGAACACCCGACUUUUGGACAAGUGCAACAACCCCAGCCUCUCAUGCCCAAGCAACAACUCUUCUUCCGAUACGUGGAUGAUCGUGAGCUUCAGAUGUACCGUCUGGCUCUCAAUAUUCUUGGUCAGAAAUUGGGUAGUCAGGCGGACGCAUUUCAAACAGCCCAGCAAAUCAUGGGCAGCGAUCCGAAUGCCUUCUUGAACAUGCAAAAAGACAUGCAGGGUGGUUCCUCUGGUGGCCAUCAGCGGCAAGUGCCAGGAAUGGAGGCUCAGGGCAAGCUUAGCGAUCUUGACUCCAAGAUGCUGACCUACCUUGAGUUCAUCGAUCUUGACGACAGCCCGCGGCCGCCUCGCUUCAACUCUCGCAGCACAACUGGACAGACCCUUCUGCAUUUUGCGGCCUCUUUGGGAUUGACUCGGUUCGUCGCAGGAUUGUUGGCUCGUGGUGCCAAUCCCGAUGUGCAAGACAACACCGGCAAUGCACCAAUGCAUCUGGCUGCUCUUCACAGCCAUGCCCACAUCGUUCAUCGUCUCCGUUUGGCUGGUGCCAACGCUAAUGCCCGGAGUGUGCGUGGCUUCACUCCUGCUGAUCUGGCUACAUCCUUACCCACACACCAGGCUGCUCUGCUGCCUUCUCGUCAUUACCGUUCUCGCAGCGUUGGGUCCCUCACUUCACGCCGCAGGCACAGCAGCUCUGCUUCGCUCAGCUCACUUUGGGAGGCGUCAUCCGCCUCUGGGUCCCUUGGUCAUGCCGUUGAUGACUCGGAAGAACUGGAUGAUAGUGAAGAUUUGGACAGCGAGGAUUCCGACGAUAUGCCUCUACAUUUCAGCGCCUCUCGACGAUCGAGUAUGCACCAAGAUGUCGUUCCCCCAGUUGUGGAUGGUGGCGAGCAAGUAGUAGGACAUGAUGCUGCACCAGGCUUUUCCCCGCCCGCGGCAGUCGUCGCUUGGCGAAAUCAGCUGGCUGCACAGAUCAACCACUUCCAGCAGAGUAUGGCUAAUGCUUUCCCCAAUAUCCCUGCUUUGCCACCAAUGCCCGCUCUACCUCCAAUGCCCGCUCUACCUCCAAUGCCCGCUUUACCGGAUUACCAGGCCAACCAGAUGAUGCGUCGCAUUACCAAUCUUGUGCCUCAUCGUCCAGUGGCUGAUGGUUGGUGGGAUUACUUGAAGGGCAACACAGCCCAAACCCAUACACAGCCGCCUUCUUACGAUGAACUUUAUCCGCACCAGCAGGCCCGUGAGGAUGAGGCUGAGAUGAAGAAAACAUCUCUGUUACGUGCGGCGACAGAGGCUGCAUUAGAUCAACACUUUGAAGCUCAGAGCACAGUUGUCGCCUCUACGUCUGCUGCUGCGACUGCAGCUGCCGCCACACCUACAACCCCUGAACGCCCACGAUCAGCGAACGAUGAACUCAAGGACAUCACCAUUGGGAAGAAGCUCAUUUCAAGAGAACAGCAGAAGCAUCUUCGAGAGCAUCAGGCCCGUCGCAUGAAGGGGUUGGGUAGCGACCGAAACCUCUAUUUCAUUUGGAUUCCCCUUCUUCUUCUGGUUAUUUGCGCAUGGGUACGGAACUAUGUACCUGGAAUUUGGCAAGGCGUCACGGACAGCUUUGAUUUUGUGAAGACUCGCUAUACACAGCGGGCUGUGGAAAUAGGUAUCUAG